UGCAUCUCUCUACCGAAAAAAGAAAAAAGGGUACCAUUUCGUUUUGCAGAUCCAGCAAGUCUUCCCCCUUCCCAACAAAGAUACGAGUAAACAGGUCGAGAGACAGCAACAGAGUUGGUGCUAAUGGGGAACUGUCAGGCGGUGGAAGUAGCGGCAGCAUUGGUUGAGCACCCGGGCGGGGGCAAGGUAGAGAGAUUCUACUCUCCCGUCAGUGCUCAUGAGGUCAUGACCUCGAAUCCCGGCCACUAUGUGGCCCUUGUCGCGGUGGCGUCACCCUCUCCGGGCAGUGACAGUGGGGGGACGGUGGCAGUGAGGCAGCAGCUCAAGCUCCUACGCCCCGAUGACUCUCUGGUACUCGGGCACGUCUACUGCCUCAUCAGCUUCGAAGAUGUUCUGAAGGAGUUUGUGGCAAAGAAUCGUGCAAAGCUGGGGAAAAUGGUGAAGCAGAGUGGAGGUCUUGGAGGGGGAUAUGAUCACACGAAGAAGAACAAGAAGAACAAAGACUCAGGUUGUUCAGACCCCAACUCUCCAAAUGCGAAAGCUCUUAACUUCAGCCCCGUUCAGCUGGCGGAACCGGCUGUGGUGCGAGCAGGAGAUAGCAGCAGCAGAACCAGCAUGAGAGGACGUGGCGGCAGCCUCCGUAGCGAAUGGAGGCAGUACGGAGGGACAUUGGGCGUAAGUCAGUGGAGGCCAGUCUUGCAGAGCAUUUCGGAGAUUGGGACUUGAAUUCUGCUGCCUCUUCCUUGCUUAACGCCAUAUUAAAUGUUAGAAGAUCUGCAGUCGAUCGCAGCGGCAUAAUGUCGCGACGACCAAGCAACUGGUGUGAUCAAUUGAUUGUACAAGAAGAAACUCUUGUCUAGGUCGAAAUCUACCUUUAGUAGAUAUCUCGAUUUUUAAUAACACUAUCUUGAUUUGAGUUGCUCAGGUAUGAUGAUUGUGGUUGCAUGAGCCAUCCCCGGAGGAUGAAUUAGGGUGACAAUGUGUGAGAUUUAUCGAAACGAAGAGCGUACGUGAAAAUCUCUUUAGAAAUUCAAAUAUCAGAGCAAGGCGACCGAUCACUCCCA